GCAGCGGGGCGGUGAGCGAGCUAAGAGGGGCAGCGCGUGCGCAGAGGGGCGGUGUGACUCAGGAGGGGGCGAUGGAAGCUAAGAGGAGCGGCGCGUGCGCGGAGAUGUGACUGGUGGGACCUGCGGCGGCUCCCAAAUGAUGGUCGCCCUCCUGGGCGCGACGACCCUAGUGCUCGUCGCCGUGGCGCCAUGGGUGUUGUCCGCAGCCGCAGGUGGAAAAAAUCUAAAAUCUCCUCAAAAAGUAGAGGUCGACAUCAUAGAUGACAACUUUAUCCUGAGGUGGAACAGGAGCGAUGAGUCUGUCGGGAAUGUGACUUUUUCAUUCGAUUAUCAAAAACCUGGGAUGGAUAAUUGGAUAAAAUUGCCUGAGUGUCAGAAUAUUACUAGUACCAAAUGCAACUUUUCUUCACUCAAGCUGAAUGUUUAUGAAGAAAUUAAAUUGCGUAUAAGAGCAGAAAAAGAAAACACUUCUUCGUGGUAUGAGGUUGACUCAUUUACACCAUUUCGCAAAGCUCAAAUUGGUCCUCCAGAAGUACAUUUAGAAGCUGAAGAUAAGGCAAUAGUGAUACACAUCUCUCCUGGAACAAAAGAUAGUGUUAUGUGGGCUUUGGAUGGUUUAAGCUUUACAUAUAGCUUAGUUAUCUGGAAAAACUCUUCAGGCGUAGAAGAAAGGAUUGAAAAUAUUUAUUCCAGACAUAAAAUUUAUAAACUCUCACCAGAGACUACUUAUUGUUUAAAAGUUAAAGCAGCACUACUUACGUCGUGGAAAAUUGGUGUCUAUAGUCCAGUACAUUGUAUAAAGACCACAGUUGAAAAUGAACUACCUCCACCAGAAAAUAUAGAAGUCAGUGUUCAAAAUCAGAACUAUGUUCUUAAAUGGGAUUAUACAUAUGCAAACAUGACCUUUCAAGUUCAGUGGCUCCACGCCUUUUUAAAAAGGAAUCCUGGAAACCAUUUGUAUAAAUGGAAACAAAUACCUGACUGUGAAAAUGUCAAAACUACCCAGUGUGUCUUUCCUCAAAACGUUUUCCAAAAAGGAAUUUACCUUCUUCGCGUACAAGCAUCUGAUGGAAAUAACACAUCUUUUUGGUCUGAAGAGAUAAAGUUUGAUACUGAAAUACAAGCUUUCCUACUUCCUCCAGUCUUUAACAUUAGAUCCCUUAGUGAUUCAUUCCAUAUCUAUAUCGGUGCUCCAAAACACUCUGGAAACAAGCCUGUGAUCCAGGAUUAUCCACUGAUUUAUGAAAUUAUUUUUUGGGAAAACACUUCAAAUGCUGAGAGAAAAAUUAUCGAGAAAAAAACUGAUGUUACUGUUCCUAAUUUGAAACCACUGACUGUGUAUUGUGUGAAAGCCAGAGCACACACCAUGGAUGAAAAGCUGAAUAAAAGCAGUGUUUUUAGUGACAUCGUGUGUGAGAAAACAAAACCAGGAAAUAUCUCUAAAAUUUGGCUUAUAGUUGGAAUUUGUAUUGCAUUAUUUGCUCUCCCGUUUGUCAUUUAUGCUGCGAAAGUCUUCUUGAGAUGCAUCAAUUAUGUCUUCUUUCCAUCACUUAAACCUUCUUCCAAUAUAGAUGAGUAUUUCUCUGAACAGCCAUUGAAGAAUCUUCUGCUUUCAACUUCUGAGGAACAAAUCGAAAAAUGUUUUAUAAUUGAAAAUAUAAGCACAAUUGCUACAGUAGAAGAAACUAAUCAAACUGAUGAAGAUCAUAAAAAAUACAGUUCCCAAACUAGCCAAGAUUCAGGAAAUUAUUCUAAUGAAGAUGAAAGUGAAAGUAAAACAAGUGAAGAACUACAGCUGGUCUUGGACUCCUGACCUCGUGCUCCACCCGCCUUGGCCUCCCAAAGUGCUGGGAUUACAGGUGUGAGCCACCGUGCAUGACCAGCCUGACCUUUGGAAAAGCCUUGUCACUCUGGACUUUUGCAUCUUUGAAGAGGCGAUGGGAGCAUAUGAUGACUGCCUGCCACCAUUGCUUUUCACACUACCGCAACUCAAUGAUCCUGUCCAGGACUUCUGGCCCUGUGUUCACCACUGGGAAAACAUGCUUCAGACUGGGUAGCCUAAAAAGGAGCAAUGCCCUUGUAGGAUGUGGAGAAGGGAAAAUACAGAUGUAAACAUUAAAAGACACCAGUGAAAUUGUUAGGUCUCUAGGAAGUUAGAGCACAAGGCUUCACGUUUUGAGACCAUCUGUGGUUUUCAGUGAACAAGCACUGGGCACCAGCAGCAAAAAAAAAAAAAAAAAACUCGUUUUUAGCUUGUCUUCUAGACAUGAAAAGGCAGUUGCAUUCCACUCUGCAUUAUGUUCUACAUGUUGCUUUAUCAGCAUAUGCUUAGCUGUAAGUGACAAGUAUUUUUUCUGAACAGAAGUUUACUUAGAAAUACCAUGCACUUGGGGGUACCACAUAACUGCCUCAAAAUUAGCAUAUUGAUAGUUCUUGGAGAGACCAGGUAUAAUCUAAGAAUUUAUAUGAAAGAUUUGUAUCAUUAGAGCCAGAAAUAAUUUUAUAUUAAUAUAUAAUACAGAUUAACAUUAUAUAUGAUAUGUACCUGUGUAACUUCUGACAUGAGCCUGUGAACAUAUUCAUAUAUGUACCUGCACAUGUACCCACAUGAUGUGGGUCUUAUUCCUUUAGUAUGGACUUAAAGUACUUACUCAUAUAGCUUGUAACUAAAAAUUAGAACAGCUCCCUAGAAUUGCGAACUUUUUAAGAGUCUGACCAGAAAUUUGCAACUUAUAAAAAAGUUACUUUUAAAAAUAUAAGUUAGGGCUAGGCACUGUGGCUCAUGCCUAUAAUCUCAGCACUUUUGGGAGGCCAAGACAGGAGGAUCACUUCAGGCCAGGAGUUCAAGACCAACCAACCUGGGUAACAUGGCCAGACCCCAUCUCUAUUUAUAUAUAUAUAUAAAACUUAGAGUUUGUAUCUUCCCCUAAAAGAGGCUGUGAUAUUUGCAGCAGCCUCAAAUUGCUCUUAAGGGGUUUGGGUGUGCAGAAGCUUUCCUUUCCCUACCCAGUAACCAUGUGACUACCUAACAUGUUGUGUAUUGAUUUAUUUUGUUUGCUGUCUGUCUCCACUGCCCCACUGCUAGAACAGAGGCUCCAAGAGAACAGGGACUUUAUUAUUCAUUACUGCAUCCCCAGUAAUGAAGGUACUUAGAAAAUAAUUAUUGAAUGAAUGAAAUCUAAACUGUGAACCUGAGGGUGUUUGUGGCAGUGUUUGUUUUACUGAAUUGUAGAAGGACAUAACCGUGUUUUCAGUGUUUCUAUGGAACAAACUUGUACGUUUUAUUUCACUUGUGUUUUGUCUUAAACCCUACUGCUGGAAACAAUUUUAUAUAAUAAGCAAUGGGCCCAAAAGUCUAGGGGUUUUUUUGUACUUAGUGAAUUUGUAUGCAACAGAGGUGCUGCAUCUGAUGCCUUUAAAAGGAAUUCGUCAUGGAAGGGCUGAGGCCUGUGCUUGGUGUUCAAGAGCCCAGGGUUGAGCAUCCUAAAGGAGCCACUGCAGCCGUCACUGUCCCCAGAGCCUGUGGAGAUAGAGUCCGUUUGCUGCUUUUUCUUCCCGCUCUUAAGACAUGGCUGGAGCACAGUCUUCAUUGAAUGUAAGUUUGCUGUGGUAUUGCAUAGCCUUGCUUUCUUGAACUAAACUGUUUGCCCUUCACAAGUAUUUCUUCUGUCAGGAUUAGUUCGUUCCAAGGAGGCUCUUAGUCUCAUAGAUAAGUAGAUCUCUCCUGCCAUCUGGACACAUUUCACUCGGAAAUUGAAUACAAUUUGUAUUCAGGCUGGGAACCUGAAUACACACUUGUGUUUUUAAGCUUCCCUUUUUUACAGUGGACAAGGACACAAAAAAUAAAUCAUCCCUAAUGCCCAAGAAAUGCCCUGUUACUUAGUAACGACAAAAUACCAGUAACUUCCAGUUGUUUCUCACUACCUUUUUUAUUGAGUAGGAUGGUAAUAGAAUUACAACUCUUGAGGGCAACAUAAAUAUAGGUGGAUAUUUGUGGUGUGAUAUUGAUGGAAAAAUAGCAAUCUUUUUCUUUACCUGAGGGGAACAAAGGCAAGAGGGGAAUUCGAUAGUGUCUCAUAACAAAGGAUUUCUGAGUUUUCCUCCCCUUUCUGUGAUCUGUCUCCACUUGGAACUCAUGUUCUAGCAAAGGACAUUUUGUGGGUGAAGAAGUGAUUAAUGAUGAGGAUGAAGAAAAUGUUGGCAGUUCCAGCCUGGCCAACAUGGUGAAACCCCGUCUCUACUAAAACUACAAAAAUUAGCCGGGCAUGGUGGCAUGUGCCUGUAAUCCCAGCUACUGGGGAGGCUAAGGCAGGAGAAUCGCUUGAACCCGGGAGGCGGAGGUUACAGUGAGCCGAGAUCGCACCACUGCACUCCAGGCUGGGUGACAGAGCAAGACUCCAUCUCAAAAGAAAAAAAAGUGUUGGCAGAGAAGAUAUUCUGGUUUUUUUUUUCUUUUUUAAGGUCUUGGGAAAAAGGAGGAAGUUGAAAAAUUAUACCACUCAACAGCUGGAUUAAAUUAAACAUUACUUCUCACAGUGACUCACCACCCUUAAGCUUCCCUCCCAGAUUUUCUGGAUACAUCAAAGUUAAGAAGAAAAACCUAUUUUCCUAUCUUUCCAGUAAAAGGACCCUUUUUUCUAAACAUAGUCCUUAAAUAUAUAAUAGGCUUUUUGUGUACUUGACUCUGUCUAUUCCCAAAUUUUAUAAUACUUUUAAUAUUCUGGAAUUGUACUUAGAGAAAGAGAUGAUUCUAAAUGUUGUAGUAUAAAAGUACAUCAUCCACUCUGAAAUCUCCCUAAAGACCUACCUCCACUGCGUACAUCUGUAGAAGUCAUCAUGCCCCAUCUGUGUCUGUACCUGCGGGUGUGUCUAGCGUGCUCCCUGGGGAAGGGAUUUUAUACCAUUUGCUUAUAUUUAUUUGGCGAGCCCCAUGAAAACAAGGACUUUUUUAACUUUGUGGCUGACACUUGGUUACCUAAGUGUUUAAUAGUGAGCGGAGACGUUGACGGUACAGACACUGAUUGGAUUUACCACUAGGGGGCAACAAGUCACCCUGUUCAGGCUGACAAUCGGUUACUAUUUAAUAAUGACAUUCCCAGAAGAUACUCCAAGUAUGUUUAUACAGGUGGUUUCUUAAAGUUCUGUUUGUGAUUAUCUCGUCUUGAGCAAAUGAGGAAAGGAUGUGAAGGAUCUGGUGUCCCCAUGAUCUCACCCAGAAAUGGUUUGAGAUAGAUAAAGCAAUUGAGCAAAUACUUAGCCCACCACGUCUUCUACCACUACCACCUUCGCCUUUUAAUGAGCAGGACUUUGUAGUAAGCGAGUUGUUGAAAAGGAGCUCCACAUCCUUAGUAACAGCCUUGGAGCGGAUGGGAAGAAGUAGGCAUUGCUGCAGAGCUGAGAUGAACCUGCAAGGAGACAGCCUUGGCCCCAGGGAAUGAUCCCUGCACUGCGCCCCCUACUGGCCUGGCUGAGAUGACUAGCUGUGAUUCCCUCCUUAGUCUCACCUGUUGAAGUUAGAGCCAGGAUCAAAAAAGAUAAUUAAUACUUUAGUGUCUCCUGCCCUAUCCGCCCCCAGGGAGAGGCCAGACCAUUCAGGGUACCAGCUGGAGGUUAUAACUAGGGUGGAGUGUAGAGACAGUGUUUUGCGUCACUACUUCCUUUUUUUUUUUUUUUUGAGACAGAGUUUUGCUCUUGUCACCCAGGCUGGAGUGCGGUGGGGCGAUCUCGGCUCACUCCAACUUUCACCUCCCAGGUUCAAGCAAUUCUCCUGCCUCAGCCUGCUGAGUAGCUGGGAUUACAGGCGCCUGCCACCACGCCCAACUAAUUUUUCUAUUUUUAGUAGAGAGCUUCCUGGUAGCUGAACACGCAGAGGCUGCUGGGAAGGGCAUAGAAUCUCUGCAGUCCUUCUCACAUACCUUAUCCUAUGCAUCUCUUCAUCUGUAUCCUUUGUAAUAGCCUUCAUAAUAAACCGGUAAACGUAAGUUAGUGUUUCCUCUAGUUCUGUUAGGCAAUCUAGCAAAUCAGUUGAACACAAGGAGGGGGCCAUGGGACCCUCAAUUUAUAGUCGUUCAGUCAGCACAGGUAAAACCUGGGGCUUGCAAUUGGCAUCGGAAAUAAGGGGGCAGUCUUGUGGGAAUGAGCUCUCAACCGGUGGGACUGAAGCAGCAUGGUUUGUCUGGGGUAAUACGUGAGGUUUAUUGCCCCACGCCAAGGAAAUCGAGGAUAGGGACACACAAGGAGUGGGUUUAAGAGCAGAAGUUUAGCAGGCAAAAGAAAGAAGAGACCUUCCCUGUGCAGAGGAAGGGGUCCCGAACAGGUUUCUGGGUUUAGACUCUGUUGCCUGGGCAACAGAGUGAGACUCUGUAGUGAGUGUGCAGUUAAUCACGUAAGCUUGUGUUGAUGUCAACGUAAGGCAAGUCCUUCCUCAUUGCUCUACAUCAGUGAAGAAAUGUGAACGCUAAGGUUUAGACUGAGAAGUAGGGCAGGGAGAUUGGAUGGAGGUAAGCUUUAAACAUUUCGUGUCUUAAUUUCUGCUUGUUUACCCCCAAGAGAAUUUUAUAAAUCAACUUACUUCUUCAUGUUUUAAUUAACAUCUAAAAUAUUUCCUGACACGUUUAAAUAGUUGCAAAAGAAAUACUUUACAGUAGGUUGUAAAUGUUCACAUUUUAAAAUAAACUUGCUUUAUCACUCUUAUAAAUGCAUUCAAUGGAAUCUCCUAUCAAAGCAAUCUGAUACCCAUCAUUGUCUACUUUGAAAUUACAGAAACUCGGCCGGACACGGCGGCUCACUCCUGUAAUCCCAGCACUUUGGGAGGCCGAGGCGAGAGGAUUGUUUGAGUCCAAGAGUUCAAAACCAUCCUGGGCAACAUAGUGAGACGACCUUGUCUCUACAAAAAAAAUGAACAGAAUUAGCCAGGUGUGGUGGUAUGUGCCUGCAAUUCUAGCUACUUGGGAAGCUGAGGUCGGAGGAUCUCUUGCGCCCUGGAGGUCAAGGUAUAGUGAGCCAAGAUUGUGCCACUGCACUCCAGCCUGGGAACAGAGCAAGACUCUGUCUCAGAAAAAAAUUUUUAAAAAGAAACUCCAGAAACUCUUCUUUAUGGGUUCUGAAACUUUACAUCAUUUCCUUUCCUCCUUGAAUUCAUAUUCUUAUUCCCACAAAAGUUUAUCUUCAUGCAGUAGAUUUAUUAUCUAUCGUAUAUCUUUGCAACAAAAAAGUAUAUAAAUUGAUAUAUUUCUUUUUAUAUGAUCAUAGUCUCUGAAUGUUAAAAAGAAAAAAAUCUGACCAGGCGCGGUGGCUCACGCUUGUAAUCCCAGCACUUUGGGAGGCCGAGGCGGGCGGAUCACGAGGUCAGGAGAUCGAGACCACGGUGAAACCCCGUCUCUACUAAAAAUACAAAAAAAUUAGCCGAGCGUGGUGGCGGGCGCCUGUAGUCCCAGCUACUCAGAGAGGCUGAGGCAGGAGAAUGGCGUGAACCCGGGAGGCGGAGCUUGCAGUGAGCCGAGAUCGCGCCACUGCACUCCAGCCUGGGUGACAGAGCGAGACUCCGUCUCAAAAAAAAAAAAAAAAAAAAAAAAAAAAAAAAAUUUGGUCAGGCACGGUGGCUCAUGCCUGUAAUCCCAGCACUUUGGGAGGCCGAGGCGGGUGGAUCACGAGGUCAGUAGUUCAAGACCAGCCUGGCCAAAUGGUGAAACCACGUCUCUACUAAAAAUACAAAAAUUAGUUGGGCGCGGUGGCAGGAGCCUGUAAUCCCAGCUACUCGGGAGGCUGAGGCAGGAGAAUCACUUGAACCCUGGCGACAGAGGUUGCAGUGAGCCAAGAUCGAGCCACUGCACUCUAGCCUGGGGGACAGAGUGAGACUCCGUCUCAAAAAAAAAAAAAAAGAAAGAAAAAUAGCUUUUCUGGAUUAUUACUGCAAUUAUUAGUAUGCAAUUGAUCAAAAUAAAUAUUUCAUAACCUUUGAUAAAUAAUUUUUCAGCAUAAAAAGUCUGAUUUCACUGGAAAUGCGUCUUUUUUAUUUAUUUACUUAUUGAUUUAUUUUGAGACAGAGUCUCACUCUGUCACCCAGGGCUGGAGUGCAGUGGUGCUAUCUCAGCUUGCUGCAACCUCUGCCUCCUGGGUUCAUGCGAUUCUCCUGCCUCAGCCACUCGAGCAAGUGAGAUUACAGAUGCACGCCACCAUGCCCGGCUAAUUUUUUGGAUUUCUAGUAGAGACAGGGUUUCACUAUAUUGGCCAGGCUGGUCUCGAACUCCUGGCCUCAAGUGAUCUGCCUGCCUCAGCCUCCCAAAGUGCUGGGAUUACAGGCAUGAGCCACCACGCCCCACCUGGAAAUACAUCUCUUAAUGAACUGAAUGGAGCUUCUUCCCUCUUCCUUCAAUGCCUGCAGGUGUCGCAGAUGAAUAUGCCUUCUUGCCGCAUGGAGACAGGACCUAGUGCCUCUGCUGCUCCUGUUUUCCGUGUUUUGGGGUGAGGCUUUGUGAUGGGCUUGGAAGGAAUCCCAAAGUGUCACCUCCAAUCGAGUCUUUGGAUUCUCUCUGAUUUAUAGGUCAAAAGCUAUUUAGUGAACGUUUAUCAAAAAUUAUCUCUAUCUAGUUGCUGAGCAUGAUAUGAAAGGAAAAUAAAAACUCGGGACUCCAAUUCACUCUGCCAAAAGAAAAAAAUUAAGCUGAAAGCUGUCGAGCAAGAAGCUGCCCUUCCUCGGAUCACGCGGUCAGAGACGGUGAAACCCCGUCUCUACUAAAAAUACAAAAAAAUUAGCCGGAUGUGGUGGCAGGCACCUGUAGUCCCAGCUACUCUGAGAGGCUGAGGCAGGAGAAUGGCGUGAACCCGGGAGGCGGAGCUUGCAGUGAGCCGAGAUCUGGCCACUGCACUCCAGCCUGGGUGACAGAGAAAGACUCCGUCUCAAAAAAAAAAAAAAAAAGUUGCCCUUCCUUUUGUUCCUAAGCAGAGAGCUACAGGUAAAGGUAAGUAUCUUGGGGGAAUAUUUAACCUACUCUGUGUUCACCUUAUCUUCUGUAAAGUGCCAAUUUUCUGAACAUCCAAGGAAUACAUAAUUGAAAUUGACUAUUCCCCUACCUGCUCCUUUUCUCUUGCAACUUGUGGAUUCAAUAAGGUGAUCAUACCCUCCUUCUUUCCACACCAGCCUGUUUUUUUCCCUUAUAUUGAAGCCCUCAAAAUCAUCUUUGGAAAAGGCACAGACCUGUCUCCUGGGCAUUGUCCUUAACCUUGGCAAAGUAAACUUCUCAAUUGAGACCUGUCUCAGAUACUUUUCAGUUUACAAUCAACAGCAGCUAACAUUGACUGGGCGUGGUGGCUCACUCCUGUAAUCUCAACACUUUGGGAGGCCGAGGUGGGUGGAUCGUUUGAGCCCAGGAGUUUGAGACCAGACUGGGCAACAUGGUAAAAACCCUCUCUACAAGAAAUACAAAAAAGUAGCUGGGCGUGGUGGUGCACACCUGAGUCCCAGCUACUCAGGAGGCUGAGAUGGGAGAAUCACUUGAGCCCAGGAGGUGCAGGUUGCAAUGAGCCAAGAUCAAGCCACUGCAUUCCAGCCUGAGUGACAGAUUGAGACCCUGUCUCAAAAAAAAAGAAAAAGAAAAGAAAAGAAAAAACCCAGCAGCUAACAUUAUAAAAACAGAAACUGCCAAACAUUAUACAUCUCCUGAUGGACAGAUCAGGAGUAGUCUUGAAAAAACCCAUUGUUAGGAAUGAUAAAUUCCUCUUCAAAGGGUUUAAUUAUGUAAAGUUCUUGCUCUGUUCAGAAGCCCAACCUCCUCGUACUCUCUCGUUUCUAGCCUGCAAACAACUCUGCCGCUCUGGUUGCGCCCUGACAUGCCCAGACAUGUUCAGACAUACCUUGUACUCUGACAGACAAACUACUCCUACCCCAUCCUUCUCUUAACUACACGUGUACCGUAUUUAGAGAAAGUUUAAUUCUUAUCCAAUUCGGUUAGUUUAGAUUGUGCGGUCCAGCUCCAACCAAUGGGGAAAGGACACAGGAACAGAAGCUGCAUGCGGGGUAAAAACCCUUCUCUCCUUUGUUUGGUGUGCUCUUGCAAACAGAUGGACACGGGCAGCACCCUUCUGCAGAAGUAAAUGUGCCUUGCUGAGAAA